AUGUUGAACCAUACCAUUGCACGUCCAACAAUCGGAUCUUUGCCCGUGCUCUUCUUGUGGCACGACACAUGGUGGCAUGGGACGACCACAGCAAGCCUACCAUUGACUAUGGGCCUUUGGCUUCACGUCGUGGCGCCGGCUGGCCCGAAAAGAAAACACCACAACAUAUUCAUAGACGCACAGCACGCCCCUCCUAUUCCUGUUGAGGGUUUCUUGCCCUGGCCUGGUACUGUCCUGGGCUUGGGCGUGGACCAUAGACGGGGGCAAUCACCAUGCAUCGUCUCAAGUAAGGUCAACUCCGAGAGGGAUGCGCAAAAGCUCGGUGUCAUUGGAUAUGACCAUGGCGGGCGCUCUCGUCCCAUGGCCCCACGUUUCGACGAACCACAAACCGUUUAA